GUGAAGUACGGGAGCGUCGUGUCUUCAAUCAACACCUGGCUGAGCACCGCGUCGUCCAGCUUCACAGGCCAACCGUUCAGUUAUGCUCAAGAUGGCGGCACAGAUGGCAUCAAUGAGGCCGGUUUGGGUGCCCAUCUCCUGUACCUCGAGGCUACCGAGUAUGGCCCAGCCGGGAGUGAGGAGUCAGUCUCCUACACGCGCGUCGUCCGAUACCUGCUGGAUACAUGUGCGUCUGUCAGUGAAGCUGUGGAAGCCAUGAGGGCGAUCCGGGUCGCAAACCCCCACAUCCAGGCCUCACCUGGAUCUGCACCUCUCUCCCUGGGCACACAUGUGGCCGUCGAGGAUGCCUCUGGAGAUUCUGCGGUUUUUGAGAUCAUGAGCGGCAAGCUGCAAGUCUACCACGGGCGAAAUUACACCGUGCUGACGAAUGACCCGCCGUUGCCAGAGCAGAUCGCGAAUGUAAGGCGCUACAAGCCAUUCACUCGUAGGACGGUGCCUCCUGGAGACAUCGCCUCAGCAUCGCGCUUCGUUCGCCUGGCCUACUUCCUGAACUACGUGCCUAAGACAAUGGACAGUAUGGUAAUGACUGGAGAGAUGCGCAGUAUCAUAGGUACUGCUGCAGCGCCCUUGGGUGCCCCUGCGGAUGAUGAACCGGAGCUGGGCGUGUAUCCCACGUGGUGGACGAGCUUGACCGACUACACUGCACGCAUCUACUACUGGGGUUGGGUCAUGAACCCAAAUUUCAUAUGGGUCGACAUGAAUACCUUGCUUGUCUCUGGGAAGCUUGAGGAGGGUUCGCCAACUCUCCAACUAAACCCUCGCAACUUGUCACUAGUUGGCGAUGUGUUGGCGGCGUUUCUUCCCUUGGCAAACUCUGUGCCGCCCUUGGAAACGCAAUUGUCCACUACCAACCCGAUGACAAUGCUUGAGAUGCCCCUGCCGCAAGUGUCCGCGUGCUUUGUCUUGACCAUCGCCGGCGGUGCAAUCCUGUUCUUUAGCGGCGGCUUUCGCGCACAUCGCGACGGCCUGCCUGGCCCAUAUUCUGCGCGGCUGUUAUAA